AUGUCUCCUACCCCGGUGGUACCUCAAGAAGCGCCAGCCCACCAAGCCGCAGCCUCGACAAGACCUUGUGCACCGGCGCUAGCAGAACCUCCAGUCCACCUAUUUGCCAACACCCCCAACGCCACCUACACGCCACCUCACGAUUAUAACAUUGGGGCACUGCCCAAUGGUUCUGCAUUCAAGAAAGACGGUCUGGCAUACAAGACGAUGGCACCCAUCUAUGAUGAGAAAGUCACCUCCAAGGUCUAUAAUCAGGCAAUGUCGACACAAGUGACACUUACUCAGCGCAAACUCCUCUUGCUCACCCCAAAAGUAAGAUCUCAAGUUCGUGAGGCAACAUCGGCAAGGAGGACACCUCCCAAAGACCCGAAUCAAGUCAGGACAUUGUACCAAGACAUGGAACUCCCCUAUGCAAUCGACGACCUUGACCCAUCAACAUUGACAGUCUCCUCCUUUACACACAUAAUCCACCAACCAGAGACACCUCCACUGGGAUCUCUCGUGGUGCCCAAUUGUUACGAACAAUAUCUUAGCUCGCUCUCACCCAGUCAGACUCCCCAACCGCUCGUCGUCGCUAAAGAAUCCUCUGCUUUAAGAUCAAUCAUACCCCUCAUUGACCACCAGCAACUUGUUGAGUGCGUUAUCGACCCAGGCUCACAAGUCAUAGCAAUGUCAGAUGGUAUCUGCAACAAGCUUGCCCUCAUCUAUGAUCCAGAGGUCGUCCUCAAUAUGCAAUCGGCUAAUGAAGAGAUUGACAAAUCCCUCAGUCUCACAUAUAACGUCCCCCUCUUAAUAGGCAAUAUUACUCUCUACCUCCAGGUACACAUCAUUUGCAACCCUGCCUACAAUAUGCUCUUCGGUCAACCUUUCGACAUUCUCACCACGAGUGUUGUCAAGAAUUUUGCCAAUAAAGACCAGAUGAUCACAAUAAGCAACCCGAACACCAGAUGGAAGGCAAUGAUCCCAAUGGUUCGACAAGGCCCUCCAAGAAUUCUCUACCAUGACAACUCGGGUUUUUGGGACUUGAGGAAUUGA